AUGAGUCACAAAAAAGGAAAAAAAAGAGGUGAACACGUUUGUCUUCACUUUGACCGUGAAUUCACGGGGAUUCCUUUUACUUUUGGAUUGCUUUCACUUCACCCACCCGUAGUCUUCCUGGACACGGACUCGCCGGAAAAACGCGUCCAAUUUUCCUACUCCAAUCCGGGGCAGAUCCAAAAGGCUUUCGACUACCUUCGUCUUCUGUGCAAGAGAAUCUCUGGACUUGCGCAAGGAUCCCUCUCUGCAGCGGGGAUCUCUCCCUAUGCGGCGGCGGUCAAUGAAGCCAGAAGUGCCAUGCCAAACCUCAUGUCCGACUUUCCCAGCCUCAAGCUUUCCGUCGUCUCCAUUGACCAGAUCCAAGGGAAAGAAGUGAGCAUCGCAGUGUUCAUCACCACCAGAACUGCCGGGAAAUCUGCAGCCAGCUUCGCGACUUAUGGGCCCCGAAUAACAGUCGCCCUCACAAGGGCGAGAGAUGGUUUGGUGGUCGUUGGUCACAGAGCGUUCAUUAUGGAGUCCAGUCCCGAACUUGCCCGCCUGUUGGAAGCAGCCCAACUUUAA